CGCGCGCAAAGCCAAUAGUUUAUCUGACAACUCUAGCACAGACAGUGCUAUUCUGCCAGAGGUCACAAGAAGGAGAUAUAUCACAUUUCUGACUGUGACAUUUUUAUAUACAUUUAAAGGAAAUAUAGUAUUUCCCCAUUGCCGCCCUUUACAGUCCGCGUGUCACCAUUUCCUCCAAAAACGAGCCGGACUUUUUAGCGCGAGCUUCCCGGGUGCUCCACAGCAAGCGAAUAAUUGGCGCGGUCGUGGGCAUCGUCAUGAUCGUGGCGCUGGUCAUCGCAGUUCCGCUUCUGGUCCAGACCUCAGUGGUUUCAGCGCACUACGAAAUGAUGGGCACUUGUCGGAUGAUCUGUGAUCCGUACAACCCCAAACCGAGCGCCACGGCGCUGGAGGUGAUGCAGGAUCUCAGUGCCAUCCCACCAUCUUUCGCUCAAGGGACUAGAGGGGAUCCGGGGCGUCCGGGCAAACCGGGACCCAGGGGUCCACCUGGCGAACCGGGUCCACCUGGUCCAAGGGGACCACCUGGAGACUCCGGCAGGCCUGGAUUUACCGACAUCACAUCGGGAACGGCUAGGACUGAGACAGGAGACGUUGGUCCAGUUUUGGGGAACAACAAAAUCGCGUUUUAUGUGGGUCUGAAGAACCCUCACGAAGGCUACGAGGUGCUCCGCUUUGAUGAUGUUGUGACAAAUGUGGGAAAUCACUAUGAUCCCACUACCGGCAAGUUUACGUGCCAGGUGUCGGGGAUUUACUACUUCACCUACCAUGUGCUGAUGCGCGGAGGGGACGGGACGAGCAUGUGGGCAGACCUCUGUAAAAAUGGACAGGUUCGGGCGAGCGCCAUCGCGCAAGACGCCGAUCAGAACUACGACUACGCGAGCAAUAGUGUUGUGCUGCACCUGGACUCUGGAGACGAGAUUUAUGUCAAACUCGACGGCGGAAAGGCUCACGGAGGAAACAACAACAAAUACAGUACAUUUUCUGGUUUCAUUCUGUAUCCAGACUGAGCUGCAUGGCACCUGCUGCGUCUCAAUCUGACUGUUGAUGAAUCUCCUCUCUCCGCGCGGCACUUCAUUCUCAUUCCUGUCCGUAGUGUCGCUGGGAAUAUAAGGGUCAUCUGAACUCAGCGCCAGUGUGAGAAUAUGCUGUCUAAAUUUGUCCCCUUCUGUUUAAAGAUGUCUGUGUUUGGCUAUUAUAACCAAUUAAAUGAAACGCGUUAAUUAUGGACAAGGAUUGUAAACAAGAUAUUCAUAUAUGCAUUGUUCUCUAGGUGAUUUUUUUUUUGCUCAAAUUAAAAUAUUUUCCUGCAUUUAUGAGCCCCUAGUGGACCCUAGUGUGAUGCAAUUUCUGGUGUAAGCUAAAUUUGUUUUAUGUAGACAUGGACCAGCAUAUCUUGCUCUAAAUCUGGACAAGUACACACAAAAAGGUUUUAAACAUUUCAGCUUCUUGAAAAAAAAAAAAAGAAAAAAAAAUUGGAAAGCUCACCCAAAAAAGUUAUGUCGUCAUUUGUUUAUUCAUGUUUCAAACCUUAAUGACUUUCUUUAUUUUGUGUAACCCAGAAAGAGAUAUUUAGUAAACUGUCUCAGCUUUUCUUUCCCAUAACAAUUAAGGUCAGUGGGGUCCAAUGUUAUUUGUACCCACAGCAUUCUUCAAAAUAUCUCUGGUUACAACAGAAAGAAAAUCAUCAGGUUUGGAACGACCCGAGGGUGAGUCAGUGAUUGAGGGAUCUUUUUUAUUUAUAUUUAGUUAUGCCUUUAAACUCCCAAAUUAAAAUCAACUGCAAAUGACUUUAUUUUGAAACAUAAAGCUGAUUAGUGGAGUAUUAGAGUGCAUUUUCAGUUUGUAUUUAAAUAACAAGCCAGUGUUUGUGUGUUUUAAUGGUCCAGCAGUGUACUCCUGGUCUUGACGUUUGACCUCACACAGGUUCUUCUGAGAUACUCAGCGGUAACACACCUAAUAUAAUGAGUAUGCCAAACAGCACUGAAUGAGAAAAUGAUGUCUAGUGCAAUCAACCAAAUAAAGCCCAAUGCAUUAAAAUGGCCAAAAUUCCAACCACCGACACCACUCUGAGUGCGAGUUAUUCUGGUGUGCUUUUUGAUUGGUAAUUGGUGCCUGUACAUUCAGAUGUUUUAUGUUCUGCAAUACAUGGAAGGUUAAUAAACGUCCUCAAACAACAA